AUGGUCCUCCCAGCUGCUCGUACCUUCCAGCGCAGCACCGGCCGCCUCGGCGGCGCCGCCAUCGGCGUCUCCUGCUUCGUCGGCAGCGUCCCUCUCCUCUGCCUCAUCCCCGGCGUGGAAGAGCGUCUCGCCCACCAGGCUGCCGUCUGGGGCCCCCGCUGGAGCCGCGGCUUCGGCUACCUCGCGCCGCACGUCCAGCGACACGCCGGCCGCGUCGAGCCCAGCGUGAUCAAGGGCGUGAAGAGGGUCGAGCCGCCCAUGAAGAAGGUUGCGCUGUCCGUGGAUCGCAAUAUCAAAAAGAUCCUCCCCGAGACCUUGAAGAAGGAGUAG